GUUGGAGACCACUGCUUUGGCUGCAGGCACAACAUGACAUGCGUUUUGGAGGCAGAGUAUAAAAGAGCAGCAGAGUUUGCAUUCGCUGACAAACACGGUCUAGUCAAGCAACCGCUAAGCAAAGAAGACGUCCAUGUCUUCCCUCAAAACUGGCGAUGCAGCAUGGAGACACAUUACGACAAAUAUGAAUUCAUCAGAUACUCGAAUGACCCUUCUGGUACCCUUCUACAAGAUUUACUUCCGUUGUUGAGGAAGCAAGGCGUAUCAGAAAGUACGAUAGACUACAUCGCUGAAUCUCUCCGCUCUGGAAGAACUGCACAUACCACGGUAAAAUCGGCAGCCAGGAUCUACCUUGAAGACCGAAUGCGAAACAGCCCCUACCUAAUGGAAUUGAUGGUGCGACUGUUCUAUCAGGAUUACAAGCUCUUCAAUUAUAAGCUGCCAAAUCUGGAUGAGCUCAAAGGACACUAAU